AUGCUGCCUCUUUGGGAUUGUGCCGCUCUCGUGUUGGCUGGUUUGGCGGGCAUGGUUUACGGCCUGCGGAAAAGGACUUCGCAGAAAGUCGUGCGCCAGGUACAGGCGAUCAUCUUCGACCUCGAUGGGACGCUCAUCGACUACGAAGGUGCAUCUCAUGAAGCCCUAGAAGCGCCACUGCAGCGCCGUGGCAAAACUCUCUCCUGGGAUCUGCACGGCAAGAUCGUCGGAACCAAAACGGAAGAUUGGUCCCGAAAGAUUCUGCAGGACGUCGGCCUGACUCCAGACAUCUUGACUCCUGAAGCGUAUGUCAAGGAAUACUUGGAGGAUAUCAAGGCCCUGUAUUCCAAGAUCUUGGCCUGGCCGGGAACGCUGCCCCUGCUUCGGUCUCUGAAGAAAGCCGGCUUCCCGAUGGCCAUUGCAACUUCCAGCCCAAGGGUGUCCUUCGACCAGAAGAUGCGAUACCACCAGGAAAUCCUAGACUUGAUGGAUGCAGUCGUCACCGGCGAUGAAGUUGCUAAGGGCAAGCCGGCGCCUGAUAUCUUCCUCGAAGCCGCACGAAGGCUUGGCAAGGAGAGCCGCAAGUGCAUCGUGUUUGAGGACUCGCCUUUGGGAGUUGCAGGUGGACAGGCAGCUGGCUGCCUGACUGCAGCGCUACCGGACCCAAGGCACUCAGACUGGAAGCCUCUGUUUCAAGGGUUUCCGGCUGUCAGCAUAUGUACGACAUACGUAAGUCAACCAAUGCCUCCAAGCAUAUGUUUCAAAAAGCUUACGUCAGAUUUGUAA